UUCAUGAGAAAGUCUGUAAAACAAGGCUUAAUUGGCAGUAUAUCAUCGAGGAUCUAGAUCUGGUACAGUUACAUAAACUGAACUUUGUGAAAUCCUGAAAUCUACGCUGAAAAAUGUUCACACUGAAGAUCACCAACACAGAUAGGCACACGUGGGACAGUGUAUUAUUAUUGCUGGAAUAAAGACCCAACGGAAGUGACCGAAUCCGCGCUUAUUUUGCUUAUUUCUCAGCAAUUACACAAUUUCUUCCAGAAUCCUUUGGCACAUAUUUUUUAUUCAUACAAACAAACACUUGGGUGGUCAUUAUAUUAGAUUCUGUAAAAAGUCAUUUUGAGAUCGUUACCAAAACUGGAAUUUAUCUUUAACCCGAGUGUAGUUGACUAAGAAUCCAUUUUAAUGUCUUUACAGGGAUCAAUUGUGCAUCGAAUCCAUGCAGUGAAAAUAGCGAUUGCUUUGAUCAUGAUGCUGGCUAUAAAUGUGUUUGCUAUUUGGCAUACGAAGGUGUAAAUUGUAGUGAGGUUGAAAAUUGGUUUCAAGGUUCUAUUGAAUACAUUCAAGUCAACAAUACAAACAUGACGAUCGGAAUCUGUAGCAGAUACCAUUCAUGUUCGAAUCUUGGUUGUGGUUUUAUCGCCACGAUCUCCACCUGCAGCUGCGACGACUCAUGCGAGCAUUUUGAAGAUUGUUGCUGGGACUACCAAUCAUUUUGCCAAAACAAAGACACUGAAGCUGAAGGCAUGGAAGGGUUCGGCUUUGGAUUUGGAUUCGGUCAUCUUAACAUGGAAACCAUAGAAGUGCCUGAUUCGGUUCGCCCUGGCAUGUUUUCAUGCUUUGAGGCAAAUACUGCUAGUUAUUGGUUUGUCUCCCGUUGCCCAUCGAAUUGGAAUAGUUCGGACAUCCAGGCAAGGUGUGAAGACACUGCUUCUUUCACUGAUGACCUACUGACAAUUGUGCCAGUGUCUCUUGAGAAGAGGGCGACUUUCAGAAAUGUCUAUUGUGCCAUCUGUCAUGGUUUUCAACCUGCCAACCUCACAUCUUGGCCUGUUCUUUUCAACUGCAGUGAUGACACUGUUCCACCUUCAGAUACUAAUGAAAUGCUGGAUAGAAUCAGGAGAGGGGUGUGCAAUUAUACAUUCGAUAAUAAACAUAAAUACCCGAGAACCCCUGCAUAUCGAGAAUGCUUCAACGAAGUCAAAAGUUGUCCAGAAGAUUUUGCAGAUGAUGGGAUUGCUGAUGCUUGUGUAGGUUUAGGGUUGCGGGCACCUUUGACACUUCCCAAGACAAUGCCAUAUUUUUUCAAUGAAUACUGUCUCAAGUGUAAUCUUCCAGAUCUUCGCUAUUCAGAGUUCACUUCUUGUUUCGAAUUUAUAGAUGGGGACACGAGGCCGCCUACAGGGUUCCCAAUUACACUCCUGGUAGAUUUUAAAGGUAAUGACGGUAUCAAUUUCAAAGUUGAUGAGAGUUUUGUCCAGCAGGAAACCGUGGAAUGCGAAGAAGGAGCUGUCUUUGACAUCCUAUCGGGGAUAUGUCGUUCUCUUUCGUGCAGAAACGGCUUGUCUCUUUUUGACGGUGAGUGUACCUGGGCUGUCGGGUGUAAUGGAAAUCGUAUUGGGAUUGAAUUUGGUGGCUUUAACAAUUCAACCAGAGAAUGUGUGUCAUUUCAAGAACACCAAGGUUUGAUGAAGUGCCUCACAGAAUUCCUUGGGUUGUCCAUGGAUGACAUUUCUUUAGUCCAUGUUUACCCUGAUGUGAAUCAGUGUAUCACAGAGGAUGUGAAUCCAAAAAUUACUGUUGAAGUGCAAGUCGACAUGUCAUAUUCCACCUUAGUUGAAAUAAUUAAUACUUCCUCAAGAGGCCAUUUAUGUGGGGCGUCGAUAUUGGAGUUCCGGCUGUUUUGCAGUGAUGACGAUAUACUUUGUCAAUUUGGAUGGAUGGAUGUGAAAUACGGCCAAGAUGUCUCCUUGAUCACUUUAAAUAAAAAAACUCAUCUGACAUUCAGAGGACAUCAUGCAGCACAAAAAUACAAAUCUUUUGAAGUGAGAAGAAUGGCGCAGUUGCAACGUUCACAUGUCAAUGCGAUGGUUUCUAUAAGAGAAGUAGUCCAGUUUUGUGUUGACCGCAUAAAAAAUGCUACCGAUCCAGUAUCAGUGACUCUUUCUUGUCCCAUUAUCACAAUGAAUGCUUCGGAAUUCCGUCAGCUUCAUAUUGAGAAUAAAACAAUCCUGGUCCACUUGGUGUCCGGUAUGCAAUUCAAUGAAUCUGAAUUUGUGUUAAGUAAAACUGGAAACAUUCAAGUGUGUUCAUUUUCAUCAGAUAAUAGCGGUGUUAUAAAUAUCACCUCUUCCGUGGAGUUUCUCCAGUACUCCGACUCUCAGAGCAUUCUGAGUACUGUUUGCGUGACUGUCUCCCUCCUUUCCUUGGUAGUGACCCUCUCCACACACAUCAUGUUUCCAUCUCUUCGGAAAUUGACCAAUAACAAACUCAUGAUGUUCCUUUGUGUGUUCCUGUUCCUUGCUCAACUUCUGACAGUUGUUGGUUCAUAUGCCUACCCCUUUCCCAUCCUCUGUAAGGUUGUCUCUGCAACUACUCAUUUUUGCUGGUUAGCUGUAUUCGCCACUACCAAUGCCCUUGCUUUCGAUUUACACCACACGUUUGGUUACAACCGGAGCUUCAACUUUGCGCAGACAAGUUUCAAGUCACUCAUCAGAUACCUAGUAUACAUCCCUGGUGUGUCAUUUUGCGUGGUCGUCCCUUGUAUCUGCAUUGACGCUAUCACCAAUUCAGAAGUACUGGAUUAUUCAUAUGGUGGUCUUUGUUGGGUUGGUGAUGAUUUCAUGAGGUUCAUGGCAUUCGGUAUCCCAAUGGCAAUACUUCUGGCAAUUAAUGUGAUCCUCUUCUUUCACACCGCCCUUGGUAUCUGGAAGGGACAUCAAAACGCUAAGAAGGUCGGGAGGAAGAACAUGCGACCAAGCGUCCAGGAGAGAUUUGACCUACUGAAGAUCUAUAUCAAGGUGUCAACUUUGAUGGGGUUUACAUGGAUCACUGCAUUCAUUAUUCCUUUAUCUGGGAUUACCGCCCUUUGGUAUAUCUUCAUUGUGUUCAACGGACUCCAAGGUGCGUACAUCUUCCUUGCUUUCACUGUCAAUAAGAGGGUUUGGAGUCUGUGUAAAGUCCUCAUGUGCGGUGACGUCAGCGAGCCACCCUCGACAACCUCUAAAUCAUCACGAGUCAAAGAGAGCACUCUUGGAACUGGUUCUGAUAGUAGGUCCUUCACGAGGAACAAAGAUGUAGAUGACCCCAGAGUGGAUAUGACGAUUGACUAACAUUGAUGAUAAGAUAUAGGCAUUGACCGUCAAAUGGAUGAAAAGACUGCCGUUGACGAAGAUCAACUGUUCAAGAAAUGUCGAUUUAUUUUUUUCUUUUUACUUCUUAUUUCACGUUUUUAAUUUUAAAUGUAUUUUUUAAAUGAAUUUAUAAUUCCAAUUUAUGUUUCAUUUUAUUUUGCGGGAGGGAUAUGGGGUAUUCUGCAUUGAAGAGGCCCAGGUAUAGUCUUUAAAAUAGAUAUAUGAGAUGAGGUCAACUCAAGAGAUGACGCAGGAACUUUCGUCAUUAUUAAGACUUCGUCAGAAGCGGCCUGAAAAAUACAGGGGGAUUCAACAUCCAAGUUUGCCUUUUAAUCACAAAGUAAUGCUCAUCAAUGAAUUAUAAAGUUGAAUGAAUUCCAUAAUCUCAUUAGACAGAUGAAUGAAUAAAUAAAGAAAUUAAUCAACAAAUAAAAAACAAAUGAUUAAUUCGAUUAAAAGAAUAAUUGCAUAAAUGAAGAAAAUAUAACUGUAAUUACAGAUUAUUGUGGCAGUAAAAUAGGAUGCCUGCCAUAUCCUAUCUCAUUCUUAAUGACAGUGUCAUAAAUUGCAAAAAUGUAAGCAUUGGUUGCUGGGUGGUGAAAGCGCAAAGCGCAAUGCCCAUAUAAUUUAUGUCACAAUGAAUAUAAAUAUUCAUGAAGUAGAUAUCGUAAGCUGGAGGAUGAUGAAGAAAACAUUGUUUCCAACAAAUGUUUUGGUAAUAAGUAAUUAAAAAUCUAUGAAACAAUAUAUAUUUUGAAAUCAAAUUUAAGUAAAGAUUAGAAGUAAAAUUGUUGAUAAUUCGCAUAAUGACUGAAGUCUCACUUUUCAUGUUUUGGUUACCUAGGCUAGAAAGCACCUAACAGUUAAGAACAAGUAUCAUAAAUUGAUAUCAUUAAAUUAGUGACACUGAUCUAAAAAAUGUGACACACGAUUGAAGUAAAUUAGAAAAUAUUUAUUCUUCUAUAUUGAUGCCGUUUGGUACAAGUGUCUUAAGUUUCAUAAUCCAGUAUGAUUCUAGUUUGAGAAUGAUUGAUUCCUGGUGUUUUCUGGUAAGUUCUAUUCCUACGAUUCGAAUGUCAUCUGUGGAAUGAUUAGGGUUAGAAAUUAUUAGAAAUUGGCAGCAAUUGGGGUUUUCUUGCGUCUACUCCUGUUUAUGUCUGAUCGUGUCAACUUAUUUCCGACAGUUGAUAAUAAAUUUAGCAAAAUGGCACUUUUGAAGUCUGUCAACGAAUUAAAAAAAGUGGUUGGAUAUUGAAAACAAGUUUACAACAAGACUAGACAAUUUUGUUAUAUAUAAGAAGAAUUGUAAGAGUAAUUACAUUCAUUUAUUUAGUUAUUUCCUCUUUAAGAAUAUUUUUGAAUGUUUAAGAAUGUUCCAGAAAGCUCUAUAGUACAGCUGUGUUACACAUGACUAAUCUUUGAAUACUCUUUGUUAUCCCUUGAAUGUCCCAAGAGAGACAAUACAGACUGAAUAGAGAUUACUUUACAAUAGACUUGUAUUGGUAGUGGAAAUAACAAUAGGCUUAGCUAUUUUGUUGACACUGUUGACAUUUCACUGAGGUCAUUCAUGAAUGUUUUUAAAGACAAUACUAGAACCUUCUAUAAUAGACAAUAAUAGAAGCUUCUAGAAUAGUGAAUGUUCUAGAAUAAUUGAAAUGUUUAUAUAUAACUGGCGGUUUCUCCAAGGACAUCAUCAAAUCAUAUGAGAUCACUUGAUCAGAUCAGAUCACUUCGUCACAUCAGAUCAGAACUCAGAGUUUCACGCCAGACUUUAUGUCAGAGCUGAGUUUAUUUCCACCUGGAAUAUUUAUCUUCUGUGGAAUUAUUUGCUCGUCAUCAAUGAACUGUUUGCAGUUAUUUUGAGAGAGGAAUUCUCAGUUCUCAUCGAGAUCAUCAACAUCAUCAACCUGUUCAAUACGCUUUUCAACCCAUGGAUUGCUGAAAUUGACUGUUAAUCAUCGUCAACAUCGUCUUCACGGACAUUUCAACUUGUUACAGUGACUCUCAUUAUUCAUCGUGCUUCAACAUCAGUUUCAUCAUCGCCAUCAUUGUGAAUUUUCGCCAACCAAGUGGGAUUCUAUUUGGAAUAACGCCAGAACUGAUUUCAAGAGAUUGUUGUAAGAUAUUUUGUUUUAAUUUGUUUGUGUAUACUUAAUUAUUUCCUUUAAUAAAAAGAAGAAAAUCUAAA